GGGAGCAGGGCCUUAGGUGCUGCACGAGGAGAGGGAGGUCUCCUGCCUCUCCCCCGGGGGCACCAGCCGCUGCUUGUGGGCUCCGCCACCUCUCGGUGACGCCACAGGCCCCGCGACCCUCCGGAUCGCCGGCUGCGCGCCCCGCCGCCGGUACAGGGAUGGCGCGGAGCUGACGGUCUCCUCCCGCCUCCCGGGAACUCUUCCGCCCCACCCGGGGCUCCCGGGACCGCGGCGCCGCCCCGACCUGCUUGCGGGCCCGGCCCCCGCAGCCUGAGGCCCUCGGCGUCCCCGAGGUGGUGCCCAGCCGCUCCGGAGGAGGAGGACGACAGCAAAGACGACGAGGUGGAGGAAGAGGAAUCCGCUGCCCGCACGCUGCGGCCCGGGAGCACGGGCUCCCCGGAGGGCGCUUGGGGCGUCCCGGCCCCGGAGGAGGGACCCGGAAGCAAAAGCGCCGCCGCGAGUGGAGCCGAGCCGCUUGCCCGCGCUGCCCGGCGCCGGCUGGGGGUCCCGGCGGCUGGAUGGGCGGCGGCGGCGCGGGCCGCGGGAGGCGAUGGGCGAGGAGCAGAGCACGGUGAGAGGCAGCGGCGGGGCGCGGGCCUCUGGUGGAGGCUUGGCUGGCCAGCCCGAAUCCCCCAGGCCGCGAGGGGACCGCGCCGGGGCAGCCGGGCCGCGCGCUGCGUCCUCCUCCUCCUCCUCCUCACGGCCGACCGGCGGCGGCGGCGGCGGCGGCAGAGACCUGGACUGCGUGGACGCGAGCGCCCAGGAGCUUGCGAGCUACCGGGCUCCGGCAGGGCAGCCCGCGCGACUGCCACUCACUGGGCCCCUGGACCCCCAGAGUCUGAAACUGCAGCUGGAGCACGAGGCGGAGGGAGCGGGGCCACGGGAGGCGGCCCGCGGCCAGCAGCCCCCCGACGGACUGCUCCUGGACGUGCUGGCCCAGCGACACCCGCCCCCCGCCAAGCCGCAAGUCUUCUGCUCCGUGUACUGCGUGGAGAGCGACCUGCCGGAGGCCCCCUCCGCCGAGUCCCCGUCGCCGGAGUCCACACCUCAGGCACCGCAGGGGCUGAUCCCCACCAGCCCGCCGCCCUCCUUCCCCAGCUCCCCACUGUCGCUCCCGGCUGACCCCCUACCCCCCGACGGAGGCAGCAUUGAGCUGGAGUUCUACCUGGCUCCGGAGCCCUUCUCCGUGCCUGGCCUAUUAGGAGCUCCACCCUACUCUGGCCUGGGGGGGGUAGGGGACCCCUAUGCGCCCCUUAUGGUGCUGAUGUGCCGGGUGUGCCUGGAAGACAAACCCAUCAAGCCCCUGCCCUGCUGCAAGAAGGCGGUGUGCGAGGAGUGCCUCAAAAUCUACCUGAGCUCUCAGGUACAACUUGGCCAAGUAGAAAUCAAAUGCCCAGUCACGGAGUGUUUCGAAUUCCUGGAGGAAACAACUGUUGUCUACAAUUUAACCCAUGAGGACUCUAUCAAGUAUAAAUACUUCUUGGAACUUGGCCGAAUUGACUCCAGCACCAAGCCGUGUCCUCAAUGCAAACACUUCACAACCUUUAAGAAAAAGGGACAUAUCCCCACUCCUUCCAGAUCAGAAAGCAGAUACAAAAUCCAGUGUCCCACUUGCCAAUUCAUCUGGUGUUUUAAGUGCCACUCUCCUUGGCAUGAAGGUGUUAACUGCAAGGAGUAUAAAAAAGGAGACAAGUUACUGCGUCACUGGGCCAGUGAGAUUGAGCAUGGGCAGAGAAAUGCCCAGAAGUGUCCAAAGUGCAAGAUCCAUAUCCAGAGAACUGAAGGGUGUGACCAUAUGACUUGUUCACAGUGUAACACUAAUUUUUGCUAUCGAUGUGGAGAGAGAUACCGCCAGCUCCGGUUUUUCGGAGACCACACAUCAAACCUCAGUAUAUUUGGAUGCAAAUAUCGCUACCUCCCAGAGAGACCUCAUUUAAGAAGAUUAGUUCGAGGGUCAGUUUGUGCUGGAAAGCUCCUCAUUGCGCCUCUCAUCCUGGUUUUGGGAUUGGCACUAGGGGCCAUAGCAGUUGUAAUCGGUUUAUUUGUAUUUCCUAUAUAUUGCCUUUGUAAAAAACAGAGAAAGCGAUCACGGACAGGUAUGCACUGGUAAGGAAGGAUUUCACACGAUGUCAGCCAGUACCAGGAGGAGCCGUGCAGGACGGUGCACCUGUGUGUGAGUUGGAUCCUCAAACCUACCUAGAGGAACUUCUGCCACCUUAUCUCCUGUGGUUCUCUGCAGGCCACAGUGCCUCUAGCUACGGUGCACUCCCAACAUGGCAUCCUGUCCUGUCCUUAAACAAAUUGCUGCUUUAAAAAAAAAAAAGGUCACUUUCAUUAACUAUACACAUUUAUAUAGUAACUCUCACCUUCGUGGUUCUUGGAAGAAAAUAUUUUGAGAACAGUGUAUCCUCAGAUGUCUUUUGAGGAUACCUCACUGAAGUGUCAUUUGGAUUGUCUGAACCUUGUACUUUCCCCGGGCUGUCUCUGAGACUUGGUAUGCAUAGCUGAAUCCUGCCUGUCUCAACAAACAAGGCCACUUUUCAGAAGAUAAAUCAAACUUCACUAAAUGCACCUGUUGUCAUCUGUAACCCAAAUGGUAUCAUCGUUUUGGUUUUCGGAUACUGUAAUUGCUUUAAAAAAAAAAUCUCAGCACCCAGAAGGGAAUUAAACUAAAUUAAUAAGAACAACCGUGAGUUACUGGUGCGUAUAUGUAAGGAUGUGAAUGUGUGUAUAUAAACACGUAUUAAACCAGGCUCCAUAACCAUGUGCUCGUCUAUUUCCAUGUCGAUUUUCAUAGAACCUUUUAGCCUCGAUGGUUAUUUUUGUGGGCCUAACUUGGUAACAUACUGAAUUAAAGCCAAUGUCAACAACAGAUUGUUUCCAUAGUAACUAUUUCUUGCUCUUCCUAUGGUCACAUGCACACACAGCGAUGUGUAUGAUGUCACUCUGAGAUAACCCAAACUUUGUAAACUAACAAAUCCAUACAGAUGGUUUCAGAAAGUCCCCAAGUUUCCAAAAGUUGCUCUUUUCAGAUAACUUAGAUUUUUGACACACAUACUUUAGCCUGUCCUGGGAUUAUUUAAUUAAAAAACAAACAAAAAAACAAAACAAAACAAAGCCAAACAUAUUUUGCUUUGAAGAAAAUUGCUUAAACUGUUAAUUUAAUUCCCAGUUUGCUCAUUAUUUAAUUACCACCUUAUAAUCCUACAUAAUUCUGCUUUAAGUCAAGUUUUUAAAAUUUAUUGAAUGUUGUACUCCUUCCCUCUUCUGUCUUUUUUUUUUUUUUUGUCCUCAAGUUUUUUACAAAAAUAAAUACAAAUUUUGGAGGAUUUUGCCUGUGUUUACUAUGUGGGUGCAUAAUUUGUUGAUAUCUCCUUACACGGAGACAACUUGAAAACAGCUUUUUAUGUACAUACUUUCUUCAAAACAAACUGCUUUUGGAGAAGGAAGCAAGUGAAAAUAUUUUCAGGAAGUUCUUUUGAGUGAGGAAAUGGAAUUUAACAGCACAGCUCUAUUUUUUUUUUUUUUUGCAUUCUUCAUUAAGUUUAUCAAAACAAAGAAGAGAUGCUAAGAAGCCUAAGCUUUCAAUUCUCAAAAUUAGCUGGUUAGCAUAAAUGUAACCGUGUUUGGCUUGAAGUAGACACUCACAUUCAGCUGGCCAUUUCAUGGUUUCAGAAGCCAGAGCGUAAGAACUUGAUACCCUUGUGUUUCACUGAAAGAGUUGGUGUCCGUGAAGGACAGUUCAGGUUUAAGCUAGCACGCUGGUGUUCCCUCUGAGCAAUAGCGAAGAGCUGCACAACUUUCUGCUAAGUGGCGAGUCUCGGGCGAGAGGAGCUGAGUAUGCAGCACUGCUGGCUCCAGAGCUGCACAUUCUAAACUAUGGUAUGAGGAAGGCUGUUUUAUCAGAGGCAAGGAGAUUGCACAAAGUGCUGAACAGGCAUCUCAUUUGUAAGUGAAUAAAUUUGUAAAAUAAUUGUAUGCAUUUUUGUCUUUUUAAAGUAUAUGCAAUCACAUCCACAUGUAUGUGUGUCCUUUCCAUGGUAGUAACUUAAAAGUCAUCAUUUGUGAAUAUUUUACUAAGUCUUAGAAAUCUUGAACAGAGUCAGAAAAUGAAAAAAAAAAAAGUGUUUCUUUCACCAAGUGUUUCAGUGCCAACUUGAAAGUAGAACAGUAGUAACCUUUAGGGUAUAUUCUGAAAACUCCUUUACAAAAUGAAGUAUACAUGUUAGGUGUUCUUUAUCUAUGGCUUGUCACUAUAUGUUACCAUUGUAAAUGUAUAUGUUUCUAAAGAAAAGCAAACCAUAUAGAACUGUAGAAUACAAAGUCUCUAUGUAUCCAUUUGUUUUCCUGGGGGUGACUGUCAACAGUCUGAGAGCUGUCCUUGCAGAUUCCUGUUUCCUUCCAGUGUACACAUAAGCAUGUCUCCUUACUGUGUAUGUAUGCACCCUUGUGUGUUAGUUUUCUGCAAAUAGAAUUGAAUCCUUAGCUCGGUCUCUUUUUCAUGUUUUGAAAUAUUGGAGAAAUAACUUUCUGUUAGUGUUUAUGCAUUAGAAAAUUACUGUCUAAUUCAACAUAGAGCUAUGUUUUAACUGAGUGACUGAGUUAGUUCGUCAGUCAGUUAAUUAGUUAGUUGAAUGGGAGACAAGGUAGCUUUUACUUGUCACGAACUAAACAUGUCACACUUCUGCCUCCAUUUUUUUGUUACCUAUUAUGACUAUUUUCAUGGGACUUUGAAUUUUAUUUUUACACAAUAUUUAUAAUAAAGAUUUUCAAGAUAUAGUCAGAAAAAUGAGGCCAUAGAAAUAAUAUAUUCAAGAGUGUAUUUGUGAGUGAACAGUGGCGAGUGCCUGAUUUUAAAGCAAGCAUCUCUUGAGAGGCUUUCUUCUUAGUAGAUUAACCAGAUACCUUGCCAAAAUUUAAAGGAGAAAGUUAAUCUGUUCCCAGUGAACCUAAAGCAUAAUAAGGCGUCUUUUGACAGUGUGAAAAAGAUGAAUUGGUUUUCAGAUUGCUUCCUUUUAACUUUAGUGUUCCAGCCAAACAGAUGGAUGUCUAGAACACUCCCUGUCUUCAUGUGUCUCAUUUAUCAAAGGUCGGAGAGAAAGGAAAGGCAUGAAACCUGUAACACAGCAACAUCCUCUUCCCACCUUUAUGGACCAGCACUGAGCCACUUCCCAUCUCCUACAAGAACAGAUAGGAAGACAGUUAAAGAUAAGUUAGACACCAAACAUGUCGCAACAUAGUAUCCAUAUCUCUCUGCUGUGGGAUCAAUAUUCAGUGGUACUUCUUAGGAAAUGCCCAGCUCUGUAGUAUUAUCUGGAAUCCCAGGACUCUGCUUGAGUCUUUUUCCCUUUAUUUCACUGCCCAGAUAUAGGCCCCAGUGUUCCUGCAGUACUCUACACCUCUGCAGUCACUGUCUAUCCUAUGUUAGGUCCCAACACGUUUUUUGUCCACACUUCAGUCAUCCCCAGAGAAGAGAGGAGAGGCAGGUUGAGGGGAACAGCUCACCCUAGUCUGUGUGGCCUCACUGUUUCUCCUGGCUUCUCUCAGAUUUCACUCCAUCUGCCGAAACAUCUCCUCUCCCCAACAGAUAAAACUGUUUUAGUGUCAGAGAUUUAUGAUGCCUAUUGUUCUAAUUAUUAAGAAAAAAAAAAAAAAGCUAGUGGCCUAAAUAAUACUAGGCAGUGUAUAAGUAUAAAGCCAAGAAAACCUAACUUUGGAUGUUGGUUUUAUAAACAAGUUGCAAACAAGCCUUAACAUGAGUCCUUCCAUGUCAGUGGUUGAAGUGUGUCUCCACUAAUGUCUGUUAUAAUUGGCAGCCUUAAAGUGGAUGCACUUUUCCCCAGUGUCUGUGCCAUUUAAAUAAUUAACUGGUAAAACAGAAGUGACAGAUGUGUGCUUUUCAGCAGCGAGAGUGGAGUUUUGCGAGCAAAUAUGUCUAAAUUCCUCAAACAUGAGGAAGCAGAAGCUGAGUACUUUAUAUAAAUCAUUUUUAAAUAUUAUUUGAGUAUAAAGCACUCAAAUACAGACCUCCUAAAAUUUUAGUAAUCCUGGAAUUUUUUUGCAACAGUUUUGCUGUUUAGAACUCACAGCAAAUAAUGCUGCUAUGUAAUAAUUUCACUUGAAUCUGUUUAAAAUACUAAUUCCUAGUGAAAGUUUUAGUUGUAUUUAACUGUAUUUCAUAGUCCAUGAAUUCUACGCAAGAAUUUUUCUUACUAGAAACACAAUAAAUAAAAUAGCUGGAGCACUUUUUUCAAAUUAUAAUUUAAUUGUACACUUUCCUACAGAUAUAGACACUAAUUUCCAAGAUGACAUAUUACACUGUGUCUCUACAAUGAUCAUGUCAAUAAAACUAGGAUACUUGGAAACAGUAUUAUCAAAACAAACAAGCACUCCAAACUUGAAAGACUGUGUGAUGUUACUUUUUGAAAGCAAAUCAGUGAAGAGGACUCCACUGUGUCUCUUCCUUUGAGUGGAUAAUUAAGACUGAUCUCAAAGUCAUGUGCUGUGUGGGACUUAUUUGCAUCACUCCGUGAAUCUUCAGCUUUAGUUGAUGUUAUCCAGACCCACCGGACAAAGUCCCAGUAGUGUAGACUAUUGUAAUUGUCUAUCUGCUGAUUAGUUAAAGCAUGCCUUUAUAUAUACCUUACACAUACUUGCUCAUGUUGUCGGUUGUACAAGCAUGUAAUCAUGCAUAUUAGAAAUUAUGUUUUUUCUUUUGACUGAAAAAGUGACUGUUUUGAGAAUAAUGACUUAAAAUGCAAACUAAUCUUUGAAAAAUACAUGAAAUAUUGC